UUUGUUCCAAAUAUAAAUAUCAAUAAAUGGAGAAAUUUUGUUUUUUAGUCAAUGGUCGUUAAAGCUGUAACGUUAUUCAAUUUAAUAAAAACAGAUGACCAACCUCCUCGGCAUCUCCCUGUAGCUAAACGACGCCGUACUCUGCUCUAAAUUGAAUAGCUUAUUAGCUUUAUACCCCCCAACAACAUUCAAUGCUAACAAUAAAGCGAUCAUUGCCCUCGUCAAUGCCAAUAUUGAUGCCACCAAUCAUCAUCACUGCACUUACAUAGCAACCCAAAUUUUCUUCCCUGUAAUUUCUCGCUCUCACUUGGUCAAGUGUAAGCAUUUCAAGUUCUAAAUUUAGUAAUUCAAAUUGAACUUUAGAAUGCCUAUCUGAUGUUUGAUAAAUUGUCUGUAUGAAGAUGGGGAAGACGAGGAUCGUUAUGUUGCCGGCAAGUGAGGUUGAUUUGACCAAGGUCAAAUACGAUCCUCGAGAAAUUGAAGCCCCUCAUAUAACUGGAUUACUCCUCAAGUUUUUUGUCAAAUUAGUUGAAAUGCCUUUGAUCGGUUCUUUGCUCAUCGGUCACUUGAAGAAACAGAACAAAAUGAACCAGAUGUUACGAGAUACUCUGAUACCAGAACCACCGAUGUUCAGACCUGAAUUCCCUCCUCAAGAACCAGAAUCUGGAGUCGUUUUUCUCAAAGAAGAUGGAAAAUCUGAAGACCGCGUUGAAUCAGCGGUGGAAUGCCUUCCCCAAUACGAUCCUGCUAGCAAUAUCAAUCAAAGCUCUGACUCAACUCCAUUCCGCUACUGGAAGAUUCGUGAUUAUGCAUAUUCUUACAGAUCGAGCCUUACGACUCCAUCAAUCGUCGCUGAACAUGUCAUCUCUGCGAUUGAAGCGUUCAGCAAUAAAACCCCCCCAACACCUCUUUUGAUUUCAUUUGAUGCUGAUGAUGUAAGAAAGCAAGCUGCAUCUUCAACACAACGGUUUCAGGAAGGAAAACCAUUGUCAAUAUUAGAUGGCAUCUUCAUCGCAAUCAAGGAUGAUAUAGAUCUUUAUCCCCAUCCAUCUAACGGUGCGACAACAUGGCUUCAUGAGCUACGCAGUGUUGAGAAAGAUGCAGUUUCUGUAUCGAAAUUAAGAAGCUGUGGGGCCAUAUUGGUAGGAAAAGCCAAUAUGCAUGAACUAGGCAUGGGUACUACUGGAGUUAAUCCUAACUAUGGAACUGCUAGAAAUCCACAUGAUCUGGAAAGAUACACAGGUGGAUCUUCAUCAGGGCCAGCAGCUAUUGUAGCUUCUGGAAUAUGUUCAGCUGCACUUGGAACAGAUGGUGGAGGUUCAAUUCGUAUUCCUUCUUCUCUUUGUGGUGUUGUGGGAUUGAAAACAACAUAUGGACGAACCAACAUCAAAGGUGCAUUGUGUGAUGGAGGAACAGUAGAAGUUAUAGGUCCAAUUGCAUCCAGUGUUGAAGAUAUCAUGCUAAUUUAUGCAGCAAUCUUAGGAUCCUCUCCUUCUGACAAAAUCAGUUUGCAUCCGUCUGUGCCUUGUUUGCCUGAUCUAUCAUCCUCAAAUGAGAACGUUAGUGUUACAGGAUUAUUGAAGUUAGGAAAAUACAGUGAUUGGUUUAAUGAUGUAUUCUCACCUGAUAUCUCUAAUAAAUGUGAAGACAUUCUUAAUAUGUUUUCAGAAACUUAUGGUUGUAAAGUGGUAGAGAUUGUGAUACCAGAGCUUGACCAAAUGCGAACAGCUCAUGUUGUAUCAAUUGGUUCAGAAGCAGCAGCCUCAUUAAGUCCCGACAUUCAGAUUGGGAUGGAUAAGAAACUUACAUUGGAUUCACGGAUUAAUUUUGCACUUUUCAACUCAUUCACAGCUGCAGACUAUGUUGCUGCACAACGUCUCAGGCGGAGGAUUAUGUACUACCACAUGGAGAUCUUCAAGAAAGUUGAUGUCAUAGUCACUCCAACAACUGGUAUGACAGCUCCUGUGAUUCCCAAAAGCGCACUUGCAUUUGGCGAGUCAAAUAUAAAGGUCACAGGCAAUUUGAUGCGGUUUAUCAUAGCAGGAAAUCUUCUUGGGCUCCCAGCUAUUUCUGUACCUGUUGGGUAUGAUAAGGAAGGGCUUCCAAUAGGAUUGCAGAUUAUAGGCCGACCAUGGGCUGAAGCUACAGUAUUGCGGUUGGCUGCUGCAUUUGAGAGCUUACGUGUUGAGACAAAACGCCCUGCAUCUUAUUAUGACACUCUAAAGGGAAAUUAAGUUGCAUGGGCAAAAAGGUUUUGUAAACUUUGUUGUGUGGUUAAAAAGAUAAACAAAUGACUUGUCACAUUAUUUUGUUGAUAUGACAUGAUAAAUAAGUUAAAUUUGUCAUUUUUGUGUUUUCAGCUACACCUGAUUUUUUAUCACAAUUAGUCCCUAUACUUUAAUUUUAUACAUAUUAGGCCCAAAAAUAUAAAAUUUUGGCUGUGGUCCUCCCUACUCAUCGAUUUUUAUACAUAUUAUAUUUCCGGCCCCCCAAAUAAAAUGUUGAAGCUCCGCCCCUACUUGUACAUGUUAUGAGAAAGAAUCCAAA